AUGACGAUCAUCAAUACUCUUAGACAAUAUAUCAAAGAGGCUGGGUUUGGUACAGAGGGGCUAGAUCAUAUCACUGUAGUCGACCUAAACGGGGUGGAGGUAGGUUCAAUCACAACCCUCAAAGCAAGUGCUGUUGAAUUUCAAAAGAGUCAACUCUUUCUCACCAUGGAUACUGGCGGCGGCCCGACAGACUUUGCCUUGAUGCGUAUCAUAUCCACAGAAUUCGAAUUCCCUAAAAUUUCCCGGUCUCUGCGGUCACAGGAAUCCGGAGGCAAACUCUUUCCCCCAGAUCCAGUGAGGAUGCCGAGAAGCCACCAUUUUAAAAAUCUUGGGCACCGAUUCGGAGGCAAGAUAAAUUACGCCCAGCAAGAUAUUAGAACACAGGUGGAUGGUGUAUCUUAUGCAUUUAGCCACCAAGGACUCGGGAUUCAGAAUGGCCGGAUGGUCUUCUCCCGCAUUGUUGAUAAAAACAGUGAGGAGAUACAGAGUCUGUUACAGGAUUACAUGUUUUUGGCAGGAGGUUUGAGUAGUUCGGUCUAUGUGCGAUAG